AGUUGAAAAAGAACAAGUGUGACAACAGAUAGCGUUUAUUUCUAAAAACACAAAUUUGAUGUUGCACAGGCAGGUAUCUAUUUCUAGGAAAAUUAUUAUAAUGAGUGUUUAACAACGUUAUUACUACUUCAGCUAAUAAACUAGUAUUAUGGUGAAAGUGAUAAGAAUAUGCAUUAAGCCUUACUUAUAAUGUCAAUAAACGGUGGAGGCAUGUUCAUGUUGGCUUCUAUGGAUGAGGGCAAGAUUACUCUCAGAUGUCCCGGAGGACAAAUACAAUCAACUCUUGAUUGUUGACUCUGUAACAAUUGAACGAAAACUUUCACGUAUCGCGAUAUACGCCAGCAGUUACAUAAAUAAACAAAUAUUACAUUACUUUGUCACUGCACACAUACCAUGUUUUUAUUCAUCUGUUAUUAGCCCUUGUAAUAAAACAGUGCAAUGUAACUGUCACAAUCUUCCUAAAAGAUAUAAUAUAACUCAAACGUCUAACAACUUUAGCACGUAUUAUUUUUAUGGAUUCACGGCUGGUAAUCUUUGGACAAAAAUCUUUGACCGUAUGAAAUGCAGUGAGCAAUUCAGAACAUGACGUUUCCCUCGUCCCUCCCACCUUUUACCCUUUCCCACUGCCGCCAUUUUGUCAUGUUAUUGUCGCGUAGCUGUCAAGUUAGAAGUUUUCUUGGAAAUUUUCAUUUUGUUUUUCUAUGAAGUAUGAACUAACUAUAAAUUAUAAAUAAAGUUUUAUUGGCAUUUUACUGCUAUUUUACGAAAGGGUGUUUAUUGUUUAAUCGGUUAUAUAUUUCGACGGGACGUUUUCUUUAGCUUUAGUGUAUUUUGUAUAUAAUUUUUAGUUUUAAAAUGUAUUUUUAAGUGUUUCAUUCCCAAUUGUGCAAGUAACAGAGAAGAGUCUGACGAAGGCCAAAGAAACAAGUGGUUGGACUUUAUAAACUGUGACAAACUUUAAAGUAUGCUGCAUUCCAGUAACCUUUUCAAGAAGCCUGCUUGGUCACAAAAUUUUGGAAUAAAGGGUUUCAUACUGCUAAAUCUGACAUUAAUAAGGCCAAAAAAGGUUGGAUAAACUCAACACUAAUCUUUGGAGUAAAUUGAGUUAGGUUUAUCGUCAAAGAUGACAAAGGUAUGUACAUUUAAUUAUUCCUUAAUAAACGUAACUGCUCAGGAUAUUCAGUAUUCAUAUGAAAUUUAAAAACUUAUAAUAAAAAUGUAUGGGAGUACUGUACAUUGAAUAAAACUACUUAAUUCCUGGCAUUUCAAGUGAUCUCUCUGAUAACAACUUAGUAAUAAUAAUGAACUGGUUGCCAACUUGUCUGCCAAGUGUUACAACUAUGGAAAAUGUACACCUUAUAUGAUAACCUAUGAAGGCCUAUGUUUACCAGUAGCUUUAUGAUAAUCUGUAAUGAAUGAAUGAUGAAUGAAACAAUAAUAAAUUCUUUUUAUAAUAAUAAUAUUAAAAUUUUAAGUUAAUGGCUGAAGUAAAUGAGGAAUUCUAUUAUUUUAAAUAAUUAAUUGUCAACAUUAAUUUAUGCACAAUCGCACCUCUAGUCUUAAUAAUUACAAAAUCAAGGAUGUCUGAAUGACAAUGACAAACAAUCUUUUAUGUUUUUAUUUCAGAUGAUACAGUUCAAAUAAACUUGAUAUUUGAUCAGCCAUCAUAAAAAAAGGUAUGAGGAAUAAUUUUGCUGUCAAAACACAUAAUAACUGAUGGAAAUGUAUCAAAAUGGCAAGAUGAUGUGUACUAAACAGACUGCAAGCAUACUCAAUUGUGCUUGUUAGAUAAACUAAAUGAUGACCAUGUGAUUCCCAACGAAGUAAAAAAAUUAAGCUCAAUACACUGGAUAUUGAAUGUAUUGAAGAGAACCUUUUCACUGAAAAUAUUCAAAUGCAAGCAGCAAGAAAGCAAUUAUAUGUUUACUCUAUAGCAUGUUCCACACAUGGGUUUCUGAAAGGCACGGACAUCAUUAGAAUCGAAAAGUGUACAUUGCCAUCUAUCC